CGUCAUCAGUGUCUAUUGCACAAAGCCCUUAAAACAAUUAGAAAAUAUCAAUUUACAUUUUUCAAAAGAAAAACACAACAACAAACAAUGAAAUUCAAUACAAUUUUUAUUUUUGUUGCCCUAAUUGUGGCUGCUUUCGUUGGCCAAAGUGAGGCUGGCUGGCUGAAGAAAGUCGGCAAGAAAAUUGAACGUGUUGGUCAACAUACUCGUGAUGCCACUAUUCAAGGCCUUGGUGUCGCUCAACAGGCUGCAAAUGUAGUUGCAACAGUCAAAGGAAAAUAAUCCCGCUAAUUUAAAUAUUAAAUUAAUAAAGUAGAUCCCAGUUCCAAGAUGAAUAAUUAACUGUUGUACUGUCAACUCUUGUACUCUCUUUGUACAUCCCCUGAAAAGAUCAAACUUUUGAAUAAUAACUUUUAUAUAAUGUCAAAAUAAUGCCUUAUGUUUUAAAACUUCUCGCAUUUAGAACUGAUGUGAAAUAGAGCAACAUUCCCCAAAAUAGACCAACAUUGUUGAAAACCCUAACAUAGGGUCUUAAUGUUUUCAACAAUGUUGACCUCUUUUGGGGGACCUAUUUUGAAGAUCGGACUCUCUUAAAUCGAAUUUUUUAAAAAAAAUGGGAGUUUCAAGAAAAUGUCAUGGAAAUUGUUCUAAAUUCAAGAAAGAUAUAUUAACAUAAUCUGCUCAAACUUGUGUAUAGUCAAUAAUGCAUUGGCGUUAGCGAUAGUACAUGCUAAAUGUAGGAGAAAGUAUAACUUUAAGAA